GACACCAUUUCAGGACAUCUACAUCGCUCUACUCAGGAUAAUCAGGAUACUACGCUGUAAUAAUAUUAUACUCUGACUCUUUUGUCGUGUAAAUAGCAGGUACGCGGACGCGGCGCAAGCAGAUCGUCUGUGCUGCAGUUGUCAUGAAGACCCAAAUGCAAAAUUGAUCAGACAGCUAAAAGAGGAAGUCAAGAAACUGCACUUUCUCAUCAAAGCCGAAGGCUUGGAAGCCAAAGUCGCAUCAUUCGACCUACACUAUGUACCUACUGGAGGAGGGGGAGCACCUGACACUCCCGGAACACUCAAAGCCGUCGAAAAACUCAAGGAAGCGGAGAGGCUGAUGGCUGAACUCAACAUGACGUGGGAGGAAAAGUUGAAGAAAACGGAAGCCAUUCAGAAAGAGAGGGAGGAGGCUCUGGCAGAAAUGGGUAUAGCUCUCCAGGACCAAGAGGGAAGGGCGGUUGGAGUCAUGCAACCCAAAAAGACUCCCCAUCUGGUGAACUUGAACGAAGAUCCUCUCAUGUCAGAAUGUCUCCUGUACUACAUCAAGGACGGCACCACCAAGGCUGGAAGUGGAGGUGACAUUCAAUUGAACGGAGAGUUCAUUCUUGAAAAACACUGCACCUUCGUCAAUGGGAAUGGUGUGGUGAGCAUAGUCCCAAACCCAGACAGCCAGACCUUCGUAAACGGGAGACUCAUAACCGAGCCCGAGGAACUGCGAACUGGAUCGCGAAUCAUCCUUGGGAACAACCAUGUCUUCAGAUUCACCAACCCAGAACAAGCUCGAGCAAUCCGUGCUGUCUCCCCGACGGCCUUUGAAAACCCUCGCUCGAUGACCCCCAUGGGGACCCACUGCGACAGCCCUCUUCAUCGAGGCAAUGGUGGGUCAGGCUCACUCGGUGGGGGGUCUCCCGCCAGUUUCCUUGACAACAUGGGCGUGGUAGACUGGUCAUUUGCCCAGAAUGAGCUGCUGAAGAAGACGGGGAGGAACAUAUCCACCAGACAGGAAUAUGAGGAAAAGAUCAUAGAGCUGGAGAGGAAGCUGGAGGAGGACAGGGCAGAGGCAGAGGGGAGACUGGAGGCCCAGAGAAUGGAGUACGAGAACAGAUUGGGAGAGCUGGAGGUGGAGCUGGAGAGGAAGAAGAAAGAGGAGGAGCUGGUGGUUCUGGAGGAGAAGGAAGAGAGGAUUACAGAGCUGGAGCACCAGCUGGUCCAGAAGGCAGAGGAUCAGCAGAGGAUCGAGAACCAGAAGAGGAAAUAUGAGGAGAAACUGGAGGAGCUGGAGAAAGCCAUGGUUCAAAGGUCGGCAAGAGAAGAGGAUUCCCUCGUCUCUCAGAGGAUGGAGUACGAGAAGAUGCUGAGUCAGCAGCGAGGGCUCUACGGGGAGAAGAUGAGUGAACUGGAGAAACUGGACUCCCAGAGAAAGGAGUAUGAGGCGGAGUUGGAGAUGCUGCAGGAACAGAAGAAGAGCUACGAGGCCAAGAUGGAGGAAUACGAGGCCCUCCAGCUACAGAAGAAGAACUACGAGGCCAAACUGAGCGAGCUGGAGUCAGCUCUGGUCAAGGAGAUUCAGUCUGAGAGAACCGCUUCUGAAGAGAUACUAGAGCUGCAGAGAAAGGAGCUCAUGACUAAACUAGAGCAGCUUGGAGUGGCGAUGACACUGAGACAGAAAGAGGAGGAAAUGAUGGUUGUUCGAGAGAAAGAUAAAAGGAUCUCUGAACUAGAGGACAAUCUGAGGUCAAAGUCUGUUGCAGAGCAGGCCUUGGAGCAGCAGAAACAGGAGAAGAAGAAGCGAAUGGAUGAGUUGGAGAAAUCUCUGGCUGCAGUUGAGGAGGAGCUGAGUCUCAAGAGAACGGAGCACUCUACCUCAAUGACGGAGCAGAAGAAACAAUUUGAGGCUCUUAUCGAGCAGCAGAGAAAGGAAUAUGAUUCCAACGUCCAAGAACUGGAAUCCAUUCGCUCUGAAAAGGACAACUAUGAGGCAAAGCUGGACAAAUUCAGAGCACAGAAACAGGAACUCCAGUCGAAGAUUGAAGAUAUGGAUGACCUGCACAGACAGAAGAAGAACUAUGAGAGGAAACUGGAGGAGCUGCAGAAGGCACUGGAGCAGCAGAGAGCCAAGAGAGUGGCUGCAGAGACCAUGGACCAAGUCAUGCCAAUGCUGAAUCCAGAGCAGCUGGAGAUAGCCAAGAAGGUGUACAGGGUCUGGGGCCGCUACCGCUUUCACUCUCUCAAGGAUGAGCUACUCUCGAAUGUGUCAAUCCUCAAAGAGGCCAACGCCAUAAGUGUGGAGCUCCAGAAGCACGUCUCAUUCCAGUUCCUCAUUCUCACCGACACCCCCUAUUCCCCCAUUCCGUUCUCUGUUGCCACGGGAACAGACGUCGAUAUCGAUCUGGAAGAGAGUAAGUUUGCUGUGGCUCAGAUGGAGAGCAUGGACCCCUUCAGACCCAAGGGUCCUCUGGUGGCUGUGGAGGUGAAAGACAGUAAACAUGGGGCCACGCACUUGUGGUCCAUCAGCAAACUAAGACAGAGGAUGAUGGUGAUGAGGGAGAUGUACGAGUCCGCCUGUCACCCGGAGCCCUCUCCCCCCACCUCCUCCCUCGCCAUGAUUGGUGGGGACCCCUUCUAUGAUCGCAAUCCAUGGUUCAGACUCAUAGGCAGGUACGUAUGUACACAUACACCGUGUACUACUGAAGAUGUUUUUCUUGGGCAC